AUGUGUGCACAUGCCCAUGCUGCCAACAUUGUGUCAGCUGUGUUCAUUGCAACAGGCCAAGAUCCUGCACAAAAUGUGGAGAGCUUCCACUGUCUUACAAUGAUGGAAGGGGUGAACGGGGGAAAGGACCUGCACAUUUCGGUUACCAUGCCAUGCAUUGAAGUGGGGACAGUGGGAGGAGGGACGCAGUUGGCAUCACAGGCGGCAUGCUUGAAUAUGCUUGGAGUGAAAGGAGCAAAUGCUUCAUCUCCUGGAGCAAAUGCUCAGAACUUGGCAAGAAUAGUGGCAGCAGCAGUUUUGGCAGGAGACCUGUCUCUCAUGUCUGCCCUUGCUGCCGGUCAGCUGGUGAAAAGCCAUAUGAAGUAUAACCGAUCAAGCAAAGACGUGAAAGCAGCAGCUUAAACAGAAUAGAUCAAAUUCACCUCCGCAGGAAGUGUAUAGGCAUACACAUCAUUCUGUGGAAAGUGAGAACUUAGAACAUGUAUCCCUCUUGGAGUUCCAUAUCCUAGCCCUCCCACGUUAGGGAUGUGUUUAAGAUAUGCUGCCAAGGCAAAAUCUCA